AUGGAAUCCUCCGUUUAUUCUGGUACAAUGCCAGUUAAGGGGGUGUUGUACAUGACAUCACCCUGCAUGCCGUCAGCGGCACUGAACAGUGGAAUGCAUUUGCCCACCUUACCAUAUAACCCGCUUCUUCAAUCCAAACGAGGAACCGCAGCCUGGCCCGCAAAUCCAAACAACUUAGGAGUGCUGCAAGGUGGGCUUAAGGACACUAAAAGUGCUUUAAAUCGCCAAAAGACGGCAGAAGGAGCAGACACUGGUACCAACGACGCAGCGGCCGCAUCGGGUAACACCGGCAGCCGCAAGGGCAUCCCGAUAAAAGAACCCGUCAGGGGAAGGACGGGGAGAAAAAUUGUUCAGCCGCUCCCUGGUGAAAGUUCGAGUAAUCGCUGCAGCCCUCGGAAACCCGUUCAAGGGAGCGUUGAAAGUUUCAAAUCCCUUAAAAGUAUGCUGUCAAAGUCUACGGACACUAAGUGGGGGGCAGCAACUACAUCUUUUCUAGAGACUGGCGGCGGCAUGGCACAAACAAUGAACUCCUUUAUGUCUUCUGGACGAGAUCCACCGCCUCUUGCUACAACGCUGGCGCAGUACCUACAGAAAGAAGUAAGUGUGGCCGUUGAUGAAGGAGGCGUUUGCACAGCCCAAAGUCGCCUUCGACCUUUUCGUGAGGCACUUUUUGUACUCAUUGAUGCGUUCCCCGCGUAUAGCCAAAUCUUGAACGAUAUUAUGUCGGCUUACGAUGGUGUUAUUCAAGAACAGGCCGCAAUGCUAAUUGAGUCUAUGAAUGAGCGACAGAGACAGGAGCGUGUGGUUGCUCAGCGAGGGAUGGAGGUGCAAGAAUUGAACUCAACCAUCACUCGGCUUACUGCAGAACUAAAAGAGGUACGUGAUGAACUCGAAGAUGACGGUGACGACGAGGUAACAGAGGAAGGAGAUACGGCACCUAUUGUGGUGCCUCAACCAGGUCGCCGCUCAUUGAAAGGUUUCAAGAAAAUGGAAAGGAAUCUUCUUCGCGCCAAUGCAACGAUACAGAAAUUAGAAGAAACCAACAAGGAUCACCUUGAGAAGGUGCUUGUGCUGAUUGCCGCCUUGCGGGAAAGUGACAAGCGAGCGAAAAAGGUAGAGAAGGAGUAUCAGGACCUGGUGAGCAAGGUUGACGAACUGAGUGAGUUCAAAAUCAUGGCGGGUGAAGCUCAAAGUGAGCUUGAGGAGUUCAAGGAAAAAUACAGCCAGUUUAUCUCCAUUACCGAUCACAACAUCGUGAAGGAACAACUGAUGGCUGAACUGCAAGCAGCCCAAGCCGCUGGUCGUCACAACCGUCGGGCUGCCGCUGUUAGGGGAAUGCAGGUGGAUGUUAUGGGAAGGAAGUUUAAAGCCAUAAAGGAGGAAAAUGCGCAACUUCUUAAUGCAGACAUUCAGCGCGAUGUAAUGACUCCUCGGCCCAAGUGGGAUGAAGUCCAUGAAAAGGUCCCUGCGUUGAAGGAAUACGUCAAAUCUGUCCGAGCUCUCCCGCUUGAAGGUGACGAGGCUAUAACAUCUGUGGUUCCAGGUAUGACUGAAACGGUGCUUCAGGUAGACUUCCUUGUUGAACAGAUCCACUCCCUUUCGAAUGAAGUGGACAGACGGGCAAUGGUUCCCAUGAAAGUAGAAACACCUCAUCCCCCCAUGAUAGGUCGGUGUCAGAAUAAAAACAAUCCGGUACAUCUGUGCGCAGCCGGCGUCGUGCCCUACGUUGAGUUGGAUCAGAUGACAGUGCUUUCAAUUGUUCACGACUUCUUCUCCAGCACACUGGUUGAGCACCCGGACGUUCUCCUUCCCACAAUCGACGUCCCAAAAAUCUACUUGCACUACCUUAAUUCUGUUAUUGAAACAAGGCCUGGGUUGGAAAAGUUCACGCAACCGGAGCACCUCGCCAUCAACAUGGAUUACAUUGCGCGUAGCAGAGAGCGGUGCCGACCUUCACUUAAAUUGUUGACGGGAAUUUUGGAUGGCAUAUACCCGAGUCGACUGGCGUGUGAUGUAAUAGCUAUCAUUGAAAAUGUGCGAACGGAAUUGAAGGAACUUGCUACGGCGCAGAAACGGUCACGGCUGCGUCGCACUGCUGUCGCUGACUGCAUUGCACCUGUUUUACAAUUGAAAACAGAGAAGGAUGUAGCCCUUUUAAAGGAGGCUUUGGGUGUCGACACAACUCACGAUGUGGGAGGUCUAAUUAGUUUGAGUGGGAAGUUCAUGUCCACCUUCUUCGAUCAGGAAUGUGCAUCCGCCAUUUUAUUCUACUGCAACUUAAUUGAGCGCCUCACAUUGUACUCGGAGCGUGUGGACCAGGAAGGCGGAGUGAAUGUAAUUACAUAUGACAAUGUUAACAAAGCGAUCAUGGAAGUCGAGCCGCUUACACCGAGGCCAGUGUUGAGGGAACUGUCCGAAAAGUCAAUGAGCAAAAGCACGUUCGCAGACAUACAUGCCGCACGACUUCGUGACAUCAUUAGCGUUUUGGGUUCAGCGCCGGUGAUCCGUCGGUCGCCACUGCAACCGGAGGGAUGUACGCUAUAG